UCGUAAAAGAGGAGAAGGUUUCGAACACAGAGGCUGCAAUGGCUUCUUCAUCGGGAUCGAACAAUGCAGAACCAGGUUUGAGUUCCUGUCUCCUUAGAAAUUAAGGAUGUAAUGGUACGACCCUAUAGAACAGAUCUUGUUCAGGUAUGUACUGGUGCAAUUGUUUCUGUUUUCACAUUCACAUUACAUACACGAUCAAAGGGUUGUGAUUUAGUUGAUUAGUCCUUAUGUUCUUGGCUGCUGAGUUAGUCUAUAAGUUUAUAUUUCUUCUUACAUUUGGGGCAUGGGUGGUAUUGGAAAGACCACCCUUGCUGGUGCUGUAUUAUGAAUUUGAAGCAUCUUGUUUUCUUGCAAAUGUUAGUGCGAAAUAUGCAAAACAUGGACCAAAUCACGUGCGAGAUGAACUUCUUGGUCAGAUACUAAAGGAAGAGGAUCUAAGAAUCGACACUCCAUCUAUAGGGUCAACUUCUGUACAAGAGAAGCUACACUGUACAAAUGUCUUCGUUGUUCCUGAUGCUGUCGAUGAAAUGGACCAGAUAGAGCUUCUGGCUGGAGAUGAUGCUUGGUUUGGCCCUGGAAGUAGGAUCAUUAUCACAACUAGAGAUAAAAGCCUACUUGAGAAAAAGAAUAUUCAUGAUUCUAAGAUAUACAGGGUUCAAGGGUUACCUUCAGCUGAAGCUCUUACGCUAUUUAAUUUGAAUGCUUUCAGAAACAGCACUCCUCAAACAGAUUAUGCAGAGUUGUCAGGAAAGGUAUUAGAUUAUGUCAAGGGUCUUCCUUUAUAGGUCUCAAAGUUUUGGGUUCCUUAUUCUUUCACUGCAUGGGCAAAGAAGAAUGGGAAGAUGUGUGGAACAAAUUGAAGAAAUAUCCCAGCAAAAAAAUUCAGAAUUUGUUGAGGCUGAGUUAUGAUGGAUUGGAAGAAAAUGAGAGGGAGAUAUUUCUUGAUAUAGCAUGUUUUUAUAAAGGGAUGGAUGUGAACUACGUAAAAAGAAGGUUACGCAUUCGUGGUUUCUAUCUGACUGGAAUUGAAGCUCUCAUCGCUAUGUCUCUCAUAUCAAAUUUCAAAACGGGGAUACUGGAAGUGUUAGCAUAAACACAACACCAAGAUCAUGCAAAGCAAGUUACCGUGAUUCAAACACAAAACCAUAAACCAUAAAGCAGUGCAGAGAGAAAAGACAUACCUGCGGAAGAACUUGAACCGGCUGCCAUGCUUAAUCUCUGCAA